UCCUUUUCUCCCCUUUCGAAAUAACUCACUGUCAUCGUCAUUGGAAAAACGCCUUUGCCCGGACGGGACUAAUUAUUUGAAAUUGGAGGAGGAGUGAUUUGCCAAAUAAAUCCAAAAAACAGAGCAAACGACCGCAACUAUAACGACAGGGCCCAUUGGAUACUGAGCACCCUUGGAACUGUCUGUCAAGUAGACAUGUUUCAAACUGUCCCUGACACGUCGUCUUACGUCAAGGAGGCGCUAUCAGUGGUGAGUGAAGACCAGUCCUUAUUUGAGCCUCCAUACGCUACUGCUGCCCCUCUCCCCAAAACAGACAUGACUGCAUCUGGCACACAGGACUACGGCCAGACCCACAAAAUCAACCCCUUACCCCCACAGCAAGAGUGGAUCAACCAGCCUGUGCGGGUCAAUGUCAAGAGAGAAUACGAGCACAUGAACGGAUCCAGCAGGGAGUCUCCCGUAGACUGCAGUGUGGGUAAAUGUAAUAAACUGGUGGGGGGUACUGACACAUCUCAGAUGACCUAUGGAAACUACAUGGAUGAGAAGAGCGCUCCUCCACCCAACAUGACUACCAAUGAGCGGAGAGUCAUUGUACCUGCAGACCCAUCACUGUGGUCCCAGGACCAUGUGCGCCAAUGGCUAGAAUGGGCCAUCAAGGAGUACGGCCUGUUAGAGAUUGACACGGCAAUGUUUCAAAACACAGAUGGCAAGGAUCUCUGCAAGAUGAGCAAAGACGACUUCCUCCGGCUCACCACCAUGUACAACGCAGAAGUUCUUCUCUCUCAUCUCAAUUACCUCAGGGAAAGUAGCUCAUCAUUAUCCUACAAUACACCAUCUCACACGGACCCACCUCCCCGGCUGGCUGCCAAAGAGGACCCUUCAUAUGACGCUGUACGGCGGACAGGUUGGUCCAACAACAUGCACAGUGGGAAAGGCUCACCAGUAGUUUCUCAGAAUGUGACCAAGUCCACUGAGCAGCCCCGAGCUCAGCCAGAUCCGUACCAGAUUCUGGGCCCCACCAGCAGUCGCCUAGCCAACCCAGGGUCAGGUCAGAUCCAGCUGUGGCAGUUCCUUCUGGAGCUCCUGUCUGACAGUGCCAACGCGGGCUGCAUCACUUGGGAAGGAACCAACGGCGAGUUUAAGAUGACAGAUCCAGAUGAGGUGGCGCGGCGCUGGGGCGAGCGCAAGAGCAAGCCCAACAUGAACUACGACAAGCUGAGCCGUGCGCUGCGCUACUACUAUGACAAAAACAUCAUGACCAAGGUGCACGGCAAACGCUAUGCCUACAAGUUCGACUUCCACGGCAUUGCUCAAGCGCUGCAGCCGCACCCCACCGAGUCCUCUAUGUAUAAGUACCCCUCGGACCUAGCCUAUGUGCCUUCCUACCACGCACAUCAGCAGAAGGUCAACUUUGUGUCCCCGCACCCUCCAUCCAUGCCAGUCACCUCCUCCAAUUUCUUUGGACCCACUGCUCAGUACUGGAGCUCACCUACUGCAGGCAUUUACCCCAACCCAAAUGUUCCUCGCCAUCCUAACACUCAUGUGCCAUCCCACCUGGGCAGUUAUUAUUAAAACUAACCUCCCUGACCAUGCACCAGGCUCGAUAACCUACUCCAUUCCCCGCACACAAGAUCCACAAUUGCUGACCUGCACUCCUUAUAAUCUCAAACUAAUGAAGACCGAAUUAACAGAGGCAUUUUGGACUUUGAAGAAAUUUUGCUCCUGAAUGAAGGAUGAUUAAAUUGAAGUUUCUUAUUUUGUGUGUGUAAGAUUCUAUAAACAACUGGAUACUAUGGUCCAAAAUGGAAUACUACUUACCUUUACAAGACUAGCAACUGCUUGUUGUUGUUUCACGGUUGCACAUUGAAUUUCCUGUGCCUUGCUUUUCCCAGCCUCCUUAAAAGCAUCACCUACAAGCUAGUAGGCAUCUCCACUAAAACUUUCCCAAGUAAAUCCUUAAGACAGGAGAGGAAUAUGAGUCUGUCUGCCUCCUACCAGACAUGGGCCUAUUACUUAUGGGUCUCAAUCUACAUCUUUCUCAGUUCAUGAUGUGCAUUGUUUGUUGAAGCAUCUGCCUUUGCCGCUCAUCCACUGCCUUGUUGGGGUUUCUUCCACUGUCUCCUUCUGCUUGUCUGUUCAUCUGCAACUUUUUUAUGUUUGUGUGUGUGUUUAUGGGAGUAUGCCUGUAGCUCUCGUGAGAUAGACUUUUCUCAGCACUGAUUGAAAUGUGGCGACUGGAAUAUGCCAUUCAAUAUGCCAUUUAAUUUAUCCUCCAAACUGGAAGGCUAGAGAAGAGUUAGAUGCCGUAGAAGGAAGCGCUGUAUGUUUUGCUGACCUGGGUCAACUCAGUUGCUUGAAAAAAAAAAACAUUUCUGUUUAUUUUGUGCGGUGAUGACGGAGAUGAUGGGCCACGUGCGCAGUAGAGUUGAGUCUAUUGUGCUGCGGAAGUUGAGUCCAGAUUGCAGUAAUUUUUUUUUUUUUUUUUUUUGGAACAACCAUUCAGCCCAGGUCAGAUGUUCGACGUUUGCUGUUGCCUCUCAGCCACGCCAUUUCCAGAUGUUUGGUUGCUCGACCAUGUCAGUAUUAAUGUGAAUGUCUUCUGGUUUGUGAAACACAUGUAAAAGGUUCAGCAAAAUCAAAAUUUGUCAGAUGUGGUUAUUUUGUGAAAACAAAGCCUGUAUAAAUUCCUUCACACUUAAAAAUCUUGAACCUAAAACAUGAAAGUGCCUUUUUGCAUAUGUGAUUAUGUAGAUGUGUUGAUAUUAUCUCUGUCUCGUGGAUGUUGUUUCUAUAUCCAAAGAGUCUUAAGCUUUCAUCUAAUUUUAAUAUGUGCUGAAAAUCAGAGCUCUGACUCGUUCAGAGUUUGUGCCAUGCUGUUACUGCUGAUUUAUACCAUGUCUCAUCUGUCUAUUCAAGAUGAGACAGCACUAAAUCUUAAAUGCAAUAAAUGAUCUCGUCAAAAAUCUGACAAUUUUUGAUUUUUAGGGGGGCUUUGAUGAUAGCUGCCAUGGUGUUAUUUCUCUUUUUGGAGGCCAGUCAGGACCAUGUAGGUCAGUACAGAGAAGUAGCAAAGCAGUAAGUCGAGUUAAUAGACAGUCAAGUUGCAUUUUCUCCAGGGCUGGAACCUAGUAUGAGAGCAGCAUGGUUAUUUGAACAUUAGUUUUUCACUGAUCUCAAAGCCCAGCAAAAUGCACAUGAAGUCAGGAUUUCAUUAUCACCAUGUAACAGUAUGUCAAAACAUAUCCACCGCCGGGUGUUCAACGCUGUUAAUAUCAAAAGUUUUCCUUUAGAGAAACUGAAAAUGGACACUUGAAAAGAAAUGACUUGGAACUAAGUAGUUUAUCAAAGAGCAAAACCAAUGAAGUAUGAUGAGAUGAAACAGAGACAUUCUCAGAUUCGCAAACGCUGUGCGUUUGUCAGACCUAUUUUUUAUUAUUUUUAACAUCAGUCAACUAGGCAUUAAAGCAACUUACUGUAUAAAUUAUGCAGAGUUAUUUUCAUAUGUGACACAGUAUAGAAGUCAAGAGAAUUAAUACGAGUUGACCUCGGUCAAAAAUGCAAACCUUUGAAGUCCAUUUCUGCUAAGUGGUUUGUUAAGCUUUUUUUUUUUAUCUGUACAUUUGGACAACGCAGUUUGACUUUAUUUUUUCUCCUUGUUGUUAUUAUUUCUUUAAUUCGGUUGUAACAUCCCAAGUGCCUGUACGUGUAAAAUAGAUUUUCUUGUAUUCCCCAAACCACAAAUGCCUGCUUGAGUCGUAAUCCAUUAGAUGGGGAUUCCUUUACUCUAUAUGCAACAUGUGAUGACAAUGAAUGGUUUCAAUAGUCACACACUCUUCAUGUCAGUCCUGUGCUUUAAAGGAUUUCAGGUAUUUUAUGCUAAAUGAUACAGUAUUAAAUCUACAUCCAGCUCCUGUUGAAGAUGUAUAGCUUUAAAAGAACAAAUUAAAAGGGAACAUGUAAUUUGUAGCAUAAAGAAAUUAUUCUAAUGUACCCUCAAUGUUCAUGUUUCAUAAUCAUUAUCAAUGAAAAGGGAUCUGUGCUACUUCAUAUAUGCAAUGUAUUUUGGAUAUCGAAUAUAUAAAUAUAUAUAAAUUUAUAUAUAUAUAUUUGUGUGUAUAACUUUACAAUUAAACAGUGUAUUAUUUUUAUUGUCAUUCCUGCAAUGUAUGAAGUAAAACCUUUUGAAAAAGGACUUUUUGUAUAGGAAAAUGUGACAAAAUAAAUGUUUUUACCUCUCCAGUA